GAUCUUGUGUCAAGCUAUGAAGAGCAUUGGAAAUUAUGUUGAUUUGGAUGUGUAAUGACAGAAAAUCUGAGAAGGAUCAAUCAUUUGUAACAAUGUUCGAGGCAGACAGUAGUCGAUCAUUUGUUGCGGUAGAAUGAAAUAUAACAUUCUUUCCUACAGCUCAACCGUACAAUGCCUUCCAUUGCCCAUGCCAAUGUCAAACUGAGAGCAUCCUAUGCAGAAGGUCGUUUAAAGGAGGCAUUACACAGACUGCUUACCACCCACAACCCUCCUGUAAACUUAUCAACGUAUCUUCAACAAUUGCAGACCUGCGUUGCCAAGAAAACCCUUUCAGAGGGCAAACAAGUCCACUCUCUCAUCAAUGAUCGAGGAUUUGCAUUUCCCUCGGAUACGCUGUUACAAAAUACUCUGAUCAGCAUGUAUGACAGGUGUGGGAGUUUGGUUCAUGCUCGCAAAGUUUUCGACCAUAUGUCUCAACCGAACGACUUCUCCUGGAAUAUUAUUAUUGCAGCCUACAAAAGACAUGGCUUUCCUCAAGAGGCAUUGAAAUUGUUUCACCAAAUGCAACUAAAUACUGUUGAACCCAAUAAGUUCACCUUGUCCACCAUUCUUACUGUAUGUGCCAAUGUGGCAUCUGUAAAGCAUGGUUUGCAAAUCCAUGGAAAAGUGAUUAGAUGUGGAUAUGAAUCUAAUGUUUUUGUGAUGAACACGGUGAUAGGUAUGUACUCAAAAUGUGGUAGGUUGCAUGAUGCAUGUGAACUGUUUGACAAAAUGCCUCAGCGAGAUGUGGUAUCAUGGGCUGCAAUCAUUGCUGUCUUUACAGAAAACGGGCUUCUUUGGAAAGCCUCGCAGUUUUUAAAGCAAAUGCAAUUGGUGGGUGUAGAGUCAAAAUCGGCAAUAUAUGCGAGUAUUCUCGCAGGCUGCGCCAAAGUAGGAUCUUUGGGACAGGGUAUGGAAAUACACCACAAUAUAACAGAAAGCGGAUUUUUGUCAGAUAUUUUAGUAGAGAAUACCCUAAUUAAUAUGUACGCUAAAUGUGGAGACAUACAGAAAGCGCAAAAAGUGUUUGAAAACAUGCCUCAGCGAAAUGUGGUGUCAUGGAAUACAAUGAUUGUUGGGUAUGCACAACAUGGACUUUCUGAUAAAUCGUUGGAAAUGUUUAAGCAAAUGCAUUUAGAAGAUGUAAAUCCAAACUCAGCAACAUUUGCAAGUAUCCUUACAGAGUGUGCCAAAAUGGAGACUUUAGAGCAGGGUGUAGAAAUCCAUAAAAAAAUAAUUGAAAGCGGUUUUCUACCUGAUGUUAUAGUUGUGACUGCGCUGAUCAGCAUGUAUGCAAAAUGUGGAAGUAUGCAGAAGGCAGAAGAAUUGUUUAAAGAAAUGCCUCAACAUAAUGUGGUCUCAUUCAAUGCAAUGAUUGUAGGAUAUGAUCAAAAUGGACUUGUUGAUAAAUCUUUUGAGCUUUUUAGACAAAUGCAAGCAGCAGGUGUAAAGCCAAACUCAGCAACAUUUGCCAGCGUUCUCCCAGCAUGUGCUCAAACUGGAAAUUUAGAUCAGGGUAAGGAAAUCCAUAAAAUUAUAAUCGAAAGCCUGAUGUUAUCAGACAUUGUAGUUGUGACUUCGCUGAUAGACAUGUAUGCAAAAUGUGGAAGCAUGUGGAAGGCACACAAAUUGUUUCAGAAAAUGCCUCACCGAAAUGUGGUUUCAUGGAAUGCAUUGAUUGUAGGGUAUGCACAAAAUGGGCUUGUUAGUAAAACCCUUGAGAUUUUUAAGCAAAUGCAAUUGGCAGGUGUAAAGCCAAAUUCUGUAGUCUUUGCCAGCAUCCUUCCAGUUUCUGCCAAAAUGGGAGCUUUGGAACAGGGUAUGGAGAUGCAUCAAAAAAUAAUUAAAAGUGGUUUUUUGUCGGAUCUAGUUGUGAAUGCCCUGGUAGACAUGUAUGCAAAAUGUGGAAGCAUACAGAAGGCGCGUGACUUGUUUGACAAAAUGUCUCAAAGAAAUGUGGUCACGUGGAAUGCAAUGAUUACAGGAUAUGCUCAAAAUGGCGAUAUUGAUGAGGCUUUAGAGAUUUUUAAAGGAAUGCCUCAACGGGAUGUAGUCUCAUGGACUGCAAUAAUUGCUGGAUAUGCACAAAAUGGAUUUGUUGGUAAAGCCUUGAAGGUUUUUAAUCAAAUGCAAUUUGGAAGUGUAAUGCCAAACUCAUCAACCUUUGUAAGCAUCCUGCCAGCUUGUUCCAAACUUGGAGCUUUGGAGCUGGGUAUGGAGAUGCAUCGAAAAAUAAUUGAAAACAAAUUUUUGACUAAUAUGGCUAUUACUGCCUUGAUUGACAUGUAUGCAAAAUGUGGCAGCAUACAGAAAUCACAUAAGUUAUUUGAAAAAAUGCAUAAUCCAGAUGUGGCCUCAUGGAAUGCAAUGAUUGCAGGAUAUGCAAUGCAUGGCUGUAGCAGUGAUGCCUUAGGACUAUUUGAACUAAUGGAGCAUUCUGGAACAAACCCUGACCGUGGAAGCUUCAUUUGUGUUUUACAUGCAUGCAAUCAUGCGGGUCUAAUGCCUGAUGGCUGUAAAUACUUCAAUCUCAUGAGUGACUCUUAUGGCAUCAUGCCUACAAUGGAUCAUUAUGUAUGCAUGGUUGACCUUCUUGGUCGUGCAGGCUAUCUUGAGGAAUCCUUACAUUUUAUCAUCAAAAUGCCAAUAAAACCAGAUGUAGUAGUGUGGAUAUGUUUGCUUGGCACUUGUAGAUCACAUAAGAAUAUUAGAAUUGGAGAAACUGUUGCAAAACUCCUUUUUGAGUUGGAAUGUAAAGAUGCUGCACCAUUUGUUCUUUUGUCUAAUGUCUAUGCAGAAGCAGGAAGGUGGGAUGAUAUUUGGAAUGUAAGGAAAUUAAUGAAAGAUAGAGGAAUUAAAAAGAUACCUGGUUGUAGUUGGAUCGAAGUCUAUAAAGUGGUACAUGCUUUUUGUAUGGGGGACAGAUCACAUGCGCAAACACAGGACAUCUAUUCAAAAUUAGAGGAAUUAUCUUUGGAGAUGAAAGCGGCGGGGUAUGUUUCAGAUACAAGAUCAACACUGAAUGAUGUCGAGGAAGAGGAGAAGCAAUUACUCCUCUACCACCAUAGUGAAAAAUUGGCAAUUGCAUUUGGAUUGUUAAACACAUCCCCUGGGACAACCAUUAGAGUUGUGAAGAACCUUCGAAUUUGUGGUGAUUGCCACACUGCAACCAAGUUUAUCUCCAAGAUUGUUGCAAGAGAAAUUGUUGUGAGAGAUACAAACCGUUUUCAUCAUUUCAAACAUGGGCAGUGUUCUUGCAAAGACUAUUGGUGAUGCUAUGUGAAGCAAAGGAUUGUGGGAUAACAAGGUUCAUGGUAUCAGACUUGCAGUGGUAUUGAAGGAUUCACAACAUUUGAGCUGUUCAUCAGGAAGCCUGAACAGUUCUGAAGUGAAAAGGUGAGGAAGGAUCCAAAAGAAUCAGAAUUUGAAAGAGAAGAAGUACUUGAAGGAAAUUGAAAGCUGCUCAGCAAGCAGGUAUGCCGUUUGAGACUAAAUUAUCUAUGCAGGUGAGUUUUGUAUCGCAUACUAUCAUGAAAUACCAGAGAUUACUUGCUUCAAAUUAGACAAUCUCUUCGGUAUGUUACCUGCUAAUGACCAUCGUACUUGAGUGUCUCAGCAGGGGGGUGUUCUAAAUUGCAAGAUUCUUCUCUCAAGGCUCCAUUUUAGCAUUUCAUGUAAAUAUAAUUUGCAAUCUAGGCAUAAUAUUCCUAAUGCUUGUAGAUUAAAAUGGCAAAAUAACCAAGAGUCUAAGACAUCUCAAAUAAUGGCUGGAGAUGUAGGCAUCACAAGAGCAAAAUAUUAGUCCCUGCCUGCAGCAGGGUUACUAGUGUUUUCAUUUUGCUUCAUUUCAUAUUAGUCCUUUCCUUGAACUCCGUGCAGAACAAAAAAUUAAUCUCCUUCCCAAAUGUUGGUGCUUAUUUCCUGAUUUGAUUUCCUUAAAAAUAGUUCUAAUCUAAUUUUCUGAUUGGGCUGUUCAUAUUUUUCUGGUUAAAAAAAUGUCCUUCGUUAAAAACAGGGAAAAAGCAUCUCCAAUUAUAAAGCACAUCAAGGGCAUGUAUCGGACAGGAGCAAGCAUGACUGUUUGCAAGUGGACAGCUCUUCAAUAUAUGCGCCGUUCUCCCUGUCUCAAGCUUUUAAGCAGCCACUUUUUUGGCUUUCUUCUUCAUCAUGUCUUGUAUACAUUCUCCUAAUUGCCUGUCUCUGAAAGCUGUACUCAUUAAACUGCAAAGCGAUCCGGAGAUAUUUGCAUGGGUGCCCAAAUUGGUAUCGAGACUAAGAGUGAGUUCUGUCCAAAGAUUAUAUGGGUUUUUAUAAAUAGGAAGGUGUUGUAAAUCUAAGCAUGGACAUGGUUUAGUAUGCUUGUCUUCUGUAAACAGAGAGAUAAAAUGUGCUGCUUAUUUUAUUU